AGGAGCAUCUUUGGUUCAAGGUCGCCAAUCUCCGGGGUCUGCAUGCUUCAAAUGUGUGCUUUCCGAACAAGUGGAGCGGCGUUCGAGUCUCAAGGCGGAAAUGACACGUCCAUCACCAUGAACGCGAUCACGCUGACUUUUAGUGAUUCAGGCAUCGAGAGAGGAUUCGUGAAGGACCGCAUGCCCAGAACGGUCGUCAACUACCGCCUGCUGUGCGUCCUAGCUCUCCUGGUGGCCAUUUCGGCACUGAUACUGGGCAAUUUUGGGACCCGGGUGGGCAUCUGAUUGACGAAGAGCGUAGAACUUGGAUGCUGACUAUUAACAUUGUUUUUGGCAUCGUUGUUUGGGCACUCUCCCUGAUAGGCAUAAGCUUUGUCCCGGGUUUGUUCGGCAGAGCAAACUUCGUGGUCUUAGAAAUCUUCAUGGCCACAUCUGCCGUGUUUGGGCUCGUGGCUCACACAUUUGCCUUGCCGUGGUACGCGGCCCGUGCAUUGAGUGUCGACCCUGCAGCGCUCGGAGAAUCUUUCGGAACCCUGACGGACACCAGGAUGGUGCUUGCCAUCGACCUCGUCGUGACGGGCACUCACUUGGCGCUGCCGGUCAGAAUCUCCGCUCUUGUCAUUGUCGAGGUCGCCAGUCUGCUGUGCUACGUGGCGCCCACCUGGGGACUGGGGGGGCCGGAGAUGGAGGACGCGCCGCUCACGGCCGUUUUCCUGCUGUGCCUCAUCGGCGCGGCCGCUUGCGGGAAGCGCAGCCUGGAGUACCAGGAGCGCGUGAUGUUCCUGAAGCUGAUCAGAGAGAAGAGCCUCCGGUUCCAGUCCGAGUUCGCGCUGUCCCAGCAUCAGCUGGCCAAGUUCCGGCAGCAGGGCGCGGGCGCGCCCUCGGAGCCGUCGGAGGCGGAGAAGGAGUCGCUGCCGUCCACCACGGAGUCGGGAAGGGUCUUCAGCGUGCACAGAUCCGACAUCUCCAGAAAGCUCAUAGACGAGCUGGCGGACAUCGGCUCGAGGGAGCAGUGGCUCAUCAGGCCAGGGGAGGUCCUUGUGGUACCGGGCCGGUUGCUGGGGGAGGGGGCCUUUGGCAGGGUCGUCCUGGCCAGGUACCAGGGGAUCCACGUGGCGCUCAAGGUCCCGAAGGUACACGACCAGAGGAUCACCGACAAUUCGCACCUGGUGGAGAUGUGCGACGAGCUGCGCGUCCUCAGGCGCAUCCGCCAUCCAAAUGUCGUGCUCUUCUACGGGGCGACCCUGGACGAGCAACAUCGCCACAUGGCGUUGGUACUCGAGUUCGUGGACGGCGUGUCGGUCAGAAGCUUCGUGCGGGGCUGGCGGAGGGACGAUGGUGGCGACUCGGGGCCUGUGCCACCCAGCGCCAUAGAGAAGUCGCAGGUGCUGGCGGACGUGGCGUGUGCCUUGCAAUACCUUCACUCGCGUACUCCUCCCAUUAUCCACGGCGACCUGAAGGACCGUAACGUCUUCGUGGAGGUGCCUCGCGCCCGCGUCUCGGUGAGGGCGAAGCUCCUGGACUUCGGGCUGGCGCGCGUGCUGACACGCCACGCCAAGCCGAUGGGUGGCACCAUGUGCUGGGUCGCUCCUGAACUCUUGUGGACCAUGGGCACGGCCACCAGUACGGCUGCAGACGUCUUCUCCUUUGGCCGCCUCGCGUACUUCGUCGUCACCGGGCGGCUCCCGUUCCAUAACACGAUGGCCGAGAACAUCGAGACGGCCGUCGCGCAGCUCGUCGCCCCCCUCGAGUGGCCGCCGGACAGCCAGCUCGGGGUCAGGUGGCGGCCCCUCGUGGAGCGGUGCUCCCGCGAGGAGGCAUCGGAGCGGCCCGGGAUGCGGCAGGUCUACGGGCUGGCCACGGACUGCCUCGGCAAGCUGCUGGAGUCGGAGGCAUCGGAGCUCCCGCUGGACAUCGCCCACCUGAUCGCUAGGGGUCAAGCGAGCGGUGACGCGCAGGCAGCGGACAGCGCAGGCAGGCCACAGGGGUCUAAUCAGACUCGGCUGGCCACCAGCACGACGGGCACUUCACAGACGGCGAGGGCAGAUGCGCCUGCGGUGCCACUGGCUCGCUAUGCCACAACGCCCGACAGCACAGCCAUCCUCCUGCUCAUGGAGACCAUCGCGAGCCUGAGUCUGCAGAUCCCCCCGCAGUCCUGCUGCGAGUUCCACGGCACGGUGAGGUCCACGGGGAAGCUGCUGGCCAGCCUCAUCGGCGAGCCGUGCAAGAGGUGGGAUUCCCUCGACAGCGCGGCAGGCCUCAUCAUCGGCCAGUGUUCUCAGUGCGGGGUCCUGAUGCGGAAUAGCGUGCAGGACAGCAGCAGCAGCAGCACGCUGCCAGCCAUCUUCGAGUGCCGCUUCUGUGAGCACCAGCAACCCUGGAGAGAAGGAUGAGCACGCCUCCGGCCACUGCUUGUACCGCAGGGGUGUGCGUGUCCGCCGCGGCGGUGUCACAAGGAGGGGUGCUCGUGCGCCGCCAGGAGCACAGUUCUCGGGAGCUCUGCCGCCGAGAGCUCUGCGUAUCCGGAGCGCACGUUUUUUAAAGUCAGGGGCCCGAGCGCAGCUAGGAGCUGUGCAGCUGUGGCGAAUUGUCAUUUCCUCGUCGGAUGUGCCGAGCACACUCCCGCCCCGAUCCUGCGCCAGCGUGCCGAGCUUGUGCCCCGUCCUCGGGGCAACAGCCCGCUUUCCUCUUGCAGCGCGGCCGGCCGAACUGGUCGCCCCCCCCCCCCCCGGCUCCCGUUCCCAGCGCUUCCUUUGGGCGCGAAUCCCUGUAAAGUCGGGCAUGUCCCUC